AACAUCCUUCCAUCGCAUCCCAAUCCACCUUAAUUAACAUCACAUUGCCAUAUUUCCUUCUACUCUCUUUGUUAAGCAUACUCAACCAACCACCACGCCAAAAUGGCUGAGGAGAAGCACCGCCACCACCUCUUCCACCACCACAAGGAGGAUGAAAAGCCUGUUGACACCUCUGUCUACUCUGAAACUGCUUACUCUGGUGAUAUCUCUGCUGGUUAUGGGGCUGGCCCGGCUGAAACGGAAGUGGAUUACAAGAAGGAAGAGAAGCACCACAAGCACCUCGAGCACGUUGGGGAGCUAGGGGCUGCCGCAGCUGGUGCUUAUGCACUGCAUGAGAAGCACAAGGCAAAGAAAGAUCCGGAGCAUGCCCACAGGCACAAGAUAGAAGAGGAAGUGGCAGCAGCCGCAGCAGUGGGAGCCGGGGGGUUUGCAUUCCACGAGCAUCAUGAGAAGAAAGAAGCGAAGAAAGAAGAAGAGGAGGCUCAUGGAAAGAAGAAGCACCACUUUUUCUGAUUUACUGAUACUUUUCUUCUUCUUUACGUCAUUCCGUGUGUUGUGUUUGUCACCAGUGAGCAGCUACCCUUAAUAAGAACUAUUGGUGUGGGCUUCGUCUGUGUAUUGUAGCCGCUUUCUGCAAUUAUUGUGUGUCCCUAUUAGAUCAUGUUAUCCGCUUUUCUCAGGCUCUAUCUGUUUAUAAUAAUAUUUUCGGCUGUGUUUUUGUGAAUUAA